GUAAGCCGCCGGUGUUUUCUGUUAUCGACUGAAUGGUAUUAUUGUUGUGAAAUUUAAAAACAUAGUCGCUGAAUUUAGGUAAAUAAACUUGUUUGAUGGCUUCUAACAAGGAAUGCCUUAUAAUUGUACUGGAUGUGCGAACAUGUGCCGCCGAAGAAGUGAAGCUGAAGUCCGCAAAAUGUGUGGCGGAGAUUCUUAAGGACAAGAUCGUGUGCGAUAGGAAGGACUACGUGUCCUUCGUCCUCGUGGGUUGCGACACCGAUGAAAUAAAAACUGAGGAUGCUUCCCACCCAAAUGUGCUGCCCUUUGGUGAACCAAGACUUUGCAGCUGGCAGCUCUUGCUGGAAUUCUUCCAGUUUGUGAAUAAGACAGCCUGCGAGGAUGGAGAAUGGCUAAAUGGUCUACAGGCGGCCCUGGAGCUUCAGAAUGUCGCAACUACCUUGAGAGUCGCCAGGCGGAGGAUCCUCCUGCUCUUCGAUUUCAACGACUUUCCACAGGACUACGAGAAGUUCAACGAAAUCACGGACGAAUUACUUGGCGAAAACAUCGAGUUAAUUGUGGGAACUCACAACAUAGCCUACAUAGACAAUGCCAUCACUUCUCAGCCUCAGGCUAUUUUCAACUUUUCGCGCAAAUGCGGCCCCGAUGAGCUGAAUAACCAGAAGUACGCCCUCAGUCUCGUUCCUCGCUGCAAUGCGACGUUGUGCAGCUUCAAGGAGGCACUGCAUACCGUCUUCAAGGUGACCAACCGGCGACCCUGGGUGUGGAACGCAAAGCUGAACAUCGGCAGCAAGAUCUCCAUUAGCCUGCAGGGCAUAAUCGCCAUGAAGAACCAGACGCCCGUAAAGCUGGUAAAGGUCUGGGCGGAAAAGGAUGAGAUAGUGAUACGGGAGACUCGUCAUUAUAUCAAAGGCACUGAGAUCACCCCGCUGCCGGAGAAUCUGAUAACCGGUUACAUGCUGGGCGGCACUCCGGUGCCAUACGACGAGGCCGUGCUAGAGCCAAAGGAACCACACCCACCUGGUCUCCACUUCUUUGGCUUUAUCAAAAGAAAUGCCGUGCCGGAUGAGUACUUUUGUGGCGAGUCCUUGUACCUCCUGGUGCAUCAGAAGCACAAUCAAUCUGCCGCCGUGAAGCUGGACGCUCUGGUGCGUGCUCUCGUUUCUUCGGAUCGGGCCAUACUGUGCUGGAAAAUAUAUAGCACCAAGUUUAAUAGACCGCAAAUGGUUGUGCUACUGCCCCGCUUAGCAGACGAUACCCAUCCGGCUACUUUGUAUAUGCUGGAAGUUUCCUAUACGUCUCAGCACCACUUCUGGGACUUUCCGGCACUGCGAACCACCAAGACGGAGUGCAGCGAGGAACAGCUGAAUGCCAUUGAUCAGUUAAUCGAUAGCACCGAUCUGGAGUGCACACUGCGGGACACGCAGCAGCCACGUCCGUGGGCGCAGAAUGAUCUGCUGCCGUUCGACGCACUUCCCAGCAUCUUUGAGCAGAAUGUCAUGGACAUCCUAGAGCGAAAAGUUAUCUAUGAUAACGACAAGGAAGACAAAAUGCUUAAGGACAAAAACUUCGCAGAUGUAUUCUGGCGAGUGCCAGAUCCCUUGGAGGAGAAGUCAAAGAGAGCGGCAGCCAUCGUAAAGAAGCUAUUUCCAUUGCGCUAUAGUCGCGCCUGGCAGGAAAAGCUGUUGGCCAAGGAGCAGGCAGAGAAUGGUGUGGCAGUCAAGUCGGAACCAGCGGAGAAGGAAAUCCCGUUGCCAUCAGACGGUGUGGGCUUAAUUGAUCCAAUCUCUGAUUUCAGGCGAGUCCUGGCUAGCGUUCACACAAUCAGUAAUGCCACUGAGCGAGAUGCCCGCUUUCAGGCGCUGGCUGCCGAUACCCGCGUGGUGAUCAUCACACUGCUGCAGCGCAGGAAACAGAACAUCGGGCAACUGGGCGAGCUCAUCACCCUGUACCGACAGAGCUGUAUAGACUUCAACACCUUUUUGGAAUACGACAAGUUCGCUGAGGAGCUGAAGAAGAUCGCGCUGGCCAAGAAUCGCAGCGAAUUCUGGCAAGACGUUAUGGUCGACAAGCAAUUGGGCCCUUUGGUGCUUGGCGAGCCGACGCUGGACGACGAAUUGGCUCUAAAAGCCUAUUACACCAUCGAGAAUUGGGUGGAGAGUGGGGCGAACGAUAUGGAAGACGUUGAGAUGUAGUUUAUCAUUCCAUUUUGUUAUAUUAAGCAAAUGUGCUAAAAUUAGUUUUUGUUAUACACAGUUUUUCUUAUAUGUAAGUCGAAAAUAAAUUAUUAUAUUGUUUAUAUAU